AUGGCCGAUGAGUCACAGGAGAAGAUUGUGUUUGACGGAGAAGCCGCGUCGUCGCUGGUGAAGGAGCUGAGGGUGAGUUUCAGUUCUGGUAAAACGCGAAGUUAUGAAUGGAGAAUAUCGCAGGUGAAGGCUCUUUUGAAAAUGAUAGCUGAACAAGAGGAUCAAAUCGUUGAUGCUCUUCGUUCUGACCUUGCUAAACCGCCACUUGAAACCGUCGUCUACGAGAUUGGUAUGUUUAAAAACUCAUGCGAACUCGUGCUCAAGGAAUUGAAACAGUGGAUGACACCAGAAAAGGCUAAAACUUCAAUCACAACUUUUCCGUCUUCGGCUGAAAUCAUACCUGAACCACUUGGUGUUGUGUUAGUUAUCUCCGCAUGGAACUAUCCUUUUUUGCUGUCCCUUGAUCCAGUCGUCGGAGCUAUAGCAGCUGGUAAUGUUGUGGUUCUAAAGCCAUCAGAAAUUGCUCCGGCUUCAUCUUCACUGCUGGCGAAAUUGUUAGGGGAGUACUUGGAUAACUCGUCUAUAAGAGUUGUGGAAGGGGCAGUGGAUGAAACUACUGCGUUGCUGCAACAAAAGUGGGACAAAAUUUUCUAUACAGGAAAUGGAAAAGUGGGACGGAUAGUGAUGGCUGCUGCUGCAAAACACCUUACACCAGUUGUUCUGGAGCUUGGAGGAAAAUCUCCAGCUGUUGUUGAUUCAAAUGUCAAUUUAGAGGUUGCUGCAAGACGGAUAAUUUCCGGCAAAUGGGGCUGUAACAACGGACAAGCCUGCAUUUCUCCUGAUUAUCUUAUAACAACGAAAGAAUUUGCUCCGAAAUUGGUAGACGCUUUAAAGACUGAAUUAGAAAACUGCUUUGGAAAGAGCCCAAUAGAAUCGAAAGACUUGUCGCGCAUUGUAAACACUAACCACUUUGCUCGCUUGACAAAGUUCUUGGACGAGGAUAAGGUUUCUGGCAAGAUAGUUUAUGGAGGUGAAAAGGAUGAAAGCAAAUUGAGGAUUGCUCCAACUAUUUUAUUAGACGUUCCGCAAGAUUCCCUGAUAAUGAGUGAGGAAAUCUUUGGUCCAUUGCUUCCAAUAGUCACGGUGAAUAAGCUGGAAGAAAGCUUCGAUUUGAUCAACGCGGGAACAAAGCCACUUGCGGCAUAUUUAUUUACAAACGACAACAAGUUCAAGGAGCAAUUUGUGAAGAAUGUUUCUGCUGGGGGUUUGCUUAUCAAUGACACUGUCUUACAUCUUGUGGUUCAUACAUUGCCAUUUGGGGGAGUUGGUGACAGUGGAAUGGGUGCAUACCAUGGAAAAUUCUCCUUUGAUGCCUUUACUCACAGAAAGGCAGUUCUUUAUCGCGGCUUUACAGGCGAUUCAUCGAUAAGGUACCCACCUUACACUGACACGAAGCAAAAAAUGAUGAAGGCUCUAGUAGCCGGUGAUGUUCCUGGUGUAGUUCGUGCGCUAAUUGGAUGGUCCUAA